CACAAGAGCUGCAGCUCAGCGCACUUGUAGUAGCGUCCACAGGCAGUCAGACUUAGCCUCGGAAGAAUCCAAUAAAAGUGAUAGGGUUUCUUUGUGCUGCCCGUACUGUAAGCAUAGUGACAUUUUACGAGUCAUUUUUUCCCAUUUAAAUUCUAUCGUUUGCUUCCUAUUAUAACACGUUUGGUUUGAAAAAGUGAGGAGUGAGUUGAAAAAUCUGUGGAAGAUGCAGCAAGCUCAUCGUGGAAUCAUCCGCUCAUACUGUUGACAAGUUGAAGGAGUGUGCUGCCUGCUGCUGUCGUUGUAACUCACAGAGGAGCGAGCUCCGCCAGACAGAGAGCACAGCUGGAACGCUCCUGUACUGUGCCCUAUUUGCAGUCUCUGUGGUUCUUCGUUAGCGCUGGAAGGUGACUAAACACCUGACCCGCUGCUGUUUCAGGCAGAAGUUCCCGGGAGGAGAGCUCCAGGUACAGUCUGCCCACUCUAACAGCUUUUAACAACCCCAAUUGCUCUCACAGCCCAGUCGACAUCAAAGCGUCUCAGUCUCUUGCUCUCUCGCCUCGCCGCUGGGCACAUCUCCUCCUGUGUGAACUUCUAGGGGAAUGUCUGUCCUUUAACCACCUCUAUCCGCACUAACUGAUAGCACAUAAUUUUGGACAAACCGCUACUAUGGAAGACUAUGACGUGCCGUCGGCCGCUAGCAUCCUGGCCUCAGUCAAAGAGCAGGAGGCUCGCUUUGAGCGUCUCACCAGAGCCCUUGAAGAGGAACGCCGCAACGUCUCCCUGCAGCUGGAACGCGGCAGCCUUCCUUCAGAUAGGUUGGCGGGUGGGACCACGGGCAUGAGCAACCAACCGCUGGCCUGGCAACAGAUGGUCAUGCAGGAGCAGAGCCCCAGUAAUCAGACAUCACUGGCCAUGAUGCAGGAGCCCCAGGAGGUUGUGGAGGAGACGGUAACCAUAGAGGAGGACCCCGGCACACCCACCUCUCAUGUUUCAGUGGUCACCUCUGACGAUGGGACCACACGCCGCACAGAGACUAAGGACCAUUUAACUAAUAUGAAGGUAACCAAGGUUGUUAAAACCAUCACGCGCCGAACCUUCCAGCCCGUGAUCCUGACUGAAUCCAAACCAUCUACUCCCAUUUCCACACCUAUCCCUCCAUCGACGCCAAAACCAUCUGAAACAAAACCAGUGACUAAGAUGGUCAAGACGGUCACAACGCGAACAGUUCGACAGGUGCCGCUGGGUCCAGAUGGCCUUCCUCUUCCAGAAGGUUCUUCUCCGCUGGGGAGUUACACCGACUCCAUUGAUCGGCGCUACAUGAAAAACGGCGACCGCUUCAUCACGCCCCAGGCCACCUCCACCCUCACACGCUCCUACAACAAUUAUGCCGACUCCUACAGCGACACUCCGGACCCUCAGUUUCGCCACUACGCACUUCACGACGGAUACGGGGAUGUGACGGAGAACUAUGGAAGCCUCUCUCGUGGAGUCAACUACAGGCCCUAUAGGCCCUAUAUGGCCGCUGGAGGAUACCGACCGGAGAACUGCUACACUCUUCCCAUACGGAAGGAAGAUUAUGGGCAUGUGGCUCAGCCACAGGUCCCCAUGGGCAGUAGCACCGUGGAUCUCAAUCGGUCUCAGCCCGAGCGCUUCCAGCCAGAGCCCUAUGGCCUGGAGGAUGACAGACGCAGCUUAGGCCAAGACGAAGAGGAGCCGUUUGACCUAGAGCCUGAUUAUUCCACAGCUAACCGCCGCACGCUCCCCGGGCGUUCCAUUCGUGAACCGCUACGUAACGGCCCACGCGUAAGAGGAUACGAGGACCCCAUAGAGGCCGAAUUAAUCGAUGAAAGGCACCCCUACAUCCACGGAAUGUACCCCGCACCUCUUGCCCAACCUGAAAGAGGCAGCUUGGCCAGUCUCGAUCGCAUGGGCGGCCGCCGAUCCCCCUCAAUCGACAGCAUCCGUAAGGACCCCCGCUGGAGGGACCCCGACCUUCCUGAGGUCAUCGCUAUGUUGGGUCAUCCUAUCGAUCCAGUCAAGUCCAAUGCGGCCGCCUACCUGCAGCACCUCUGCUACGAGAACGACAAGAUAAAGAAGGACGUCAGGCAGCUCAAAGGGAUCCCUGUGCUGGUGGGCUUGUUGGAUCAUCCUAAAUCUGAGGUCCAUCGCAAGGCCUGCGGAGCACUGAGGAAUAUCUCCUUUGGCAAAGACCAUGACAACAAAGUGGCCAUCAAGAACUGUGACGGGAUUCCCGCUCUCAUUCGCCUGAUGAGGAAAACCAACGACAUGGAAGUUCGUGAACUCAUCACAGGGACGCUGUGGAACUUGUCGUCCUAUGAGCCGCUGAAGAUGGUGAUUAUUAACCAUGGGCUUCAGACGAUGACUAAUGAGGUUGUCAUCCCUCAUUCGGGCUGGGAACAAGAACCCAAUGAGGAUUCGAAGCCACGCGAUGCCGAGUGGACCACUGUCUUUAAGAACACCUCGGGAUGUCUAAGGAAUGUGAGUUCAGAUGGUGCAGAGGCACGCAGACGCUUGAGAGAGUGUGAGGGGCUGGUGGAUGCUCUGCUGCAUGCGCUGCAGUCUGCUGUUGGGAAGAAAGACAUGGACAAUAAGUCUGUGGAGAAUUGUGUUUGCAUCAUGAGGAACCUGUCCUACCACGUGCAUAAGGAGGUUCCAGGAGCUGAGAAGUUUCAGGACCCCUCAGCUCUUCAGGGUCCCGACUCUUCGGGCCCUCAGAGGAAGAAGAAAGAUGACGCUGGCUGCUUCGGAGGAAAAAAGGCCAAAGAGGAAUGGUUUAAUCAAGGGAGGAAAAAUGGAGAACAUGACAAAAACUAUGACACACUGGACCUACCCAAGCGCACAGAGCCCACUAAAGGUUUUGAAUUACUCUAUCAGCCGGAAGUGGUUCGUCUAUAUCUGUCCUUGCUUACGGAGAGUCAGAACUAUAACACUCUUGAAGCAGCGGGCGGGGCUUUGCAGAAUCUCAGCGCUGGACAGUGGACCUGGUCGAACUAUAUCCGUGCGACGGUGCGUAAAGAGAAAGGCCUGCCUAUCCUCGUGGAGCUCCUGCGUUCUGAUUCAGAUAAGGUGGUGCGAGCUGUUGCCAUCGCACUGAGGAAUCUGUCCAUCGACCGCCGCAACAAAGACCUCAUAGGGAGUUACGCCAUGAGGGACUUGGUUAGCAAUCUGCCGAGUGGCCAACAGCGGCCAGCCAAGAACCUAGAGGAAGAUACGGUGGUGGCCAUCUUAAACACCAUCCAUGAAAUCAUCACUGACAGCUCUGAGAACGCUCGCUCUCUCAUGACCGCACAAGCUAUCGACAAACUAGUGGCCAUCAACAGGACCAGCCAGUCGGCGAGGGAGACCAAAGCUGCCUCCCAUGUACUCCAGACGGUUUGGAGCUAUAAGGAGUUGAGAAAUGCCCUGACCAAGGAUGGCUGGAAUAAGACGCACUUCCAGCCUAUAGCGUCCGGCACUCCCAAAGGGUCCAAGAGCUGCAAGCCGGGCUACGAUGACACAACCCUCCCCCUGAUGGAAAAGAACCAAGGCAGCAGAGGGUGUGGCAGUGGUGAUAUGAUACCUAUGGAUGAAUUUGGUCCAGAUGGAUAUUCAACGAUCAACCAGAGAGACAGUAACUUAAAGUACAAAAGCAGCGACGGUUCGUCUGACCUGCAGGAACGAGAACCAUUAAAGAAUGACACAAAUAGGAAACACUAUAUCAGGAGCAACAGGCCAACUGUCAGUCUGGUGGAUGCUUGUGAUGUUAAACCUCAGCCUGUUGACUCCUGGGUCUAAAUGCAUGCAUGGCUUAGCUCGCAACAGCGCUACAUCUCUACCACACAAGGAUUUCACGAGUCACCACUGCCAUUAACCACAGAACUCACCGUGAUGUGGACUUAGCUGAAGACUUUCAGCUAAAAAUGCGAGAGAAGGGAACUUUCAUUCAACAGCCAAAAUUUUGAGGUUUCUCGACAUCUGAAAAGAAACUUAUUUGAAAAAGAAAAAUCUACCAUCUCUCAUAUGUACAUUCAGACGUAUUGAACCCGGAACAGAGGAUCUGCCGUCGUGGAGCUAGAAUGAUGGAUUUGAGUGUACAGGAAGUGCUAUAAUGGACGUGGAUGUGAAGGAAUCGGAAAAGAGGAUGUAAAAAGCAUAUUUUUAUGUCAAAACAAAAAAUAUAUAUAAUUUCUCUGUUAUUUUUGUUGUAUGUAUCUACCUGAUUAUUGUUUUGUUUGUGGAUUUAUGUUGACCCCAGAAUUGCAGUGAGGUUUUGCAAUGAGUUUUAAUGAAGGUUGAGGUUUUCUGAAGGGAUGGGCUGUUGUGAGCCAUGAAGGACACUUGAGAAUGGAGUAAAUUGAAAGGUUUUUUGUUAUUUACAAUGGUGUGGCAGCACAUAAGACGUCUGGGGGUUCUAUAUUGAAAUGCACGCUUUUGCGAUUUCUAUGUGCUGGCUUUAUAAAGCAACUUUAAAGACAUGAUAUCACUGUGUUCGUUUCUUCUCGCCGAGAACUGUACUUCAACAGCGGGGGUUUACCCUGCACACUGACAUCUGCUUUUAGCGAAACUGAAAAGAGGGGAGCGGCUAUGCUUUGACUCAGAUUUGGUCGGCUGAUCCUGUAUUUCCCUUGGGAUGGUGAACUCCAAAGACAUGCUGGGUAAUACUGGUGCUUAUCAGCUCUUGGUUUGGUUUCUUUAAGGAGUGAUAAGAAAAAACGAUUUGUUUAUAUGUAGAUUGUGAAAUGAGGGAUACUAGGAGGAUCCACUUGCUCCUGUUUGAAUAAAAGUAGAUUUUCAAAGCAUUUUA